UUGUACAAAAAGAGAGGGCAAACGAAACUAAAAGCGGUUACAGUGUAUUACAAGUUUAUUUAUUAAAAUUUUCCAAUAAUUGCAAUAAAUCAUGAAUGGUGAAAAUGUAAUCGGCAAUAAAGUGUAUGUUAAAUUUAGCGGGCGUUUUGCCUGUCACUUUUCCACCAAUUGUGCAAGUUUUCUUUGAGCGGUAGGCGUCGUAGCAUUUACAAGUACCCAUUCGCUCGAUCUCGAAGCCGCACGCAGACAUUUUUAUUUAAAUAACGAUUAUGUAGCAUAAUUGAAUAAUUUUUCCGAAUUGUAAUAAUGUUUUUAUCUUCCGAUAUUGAUAAACAUUGACCUGAUGUUCCUGCAAAUAAGAUUUUCUUUCCUAAAACGAAACCUGAAAGAUACCACAUACUUUUCCUCAUGCAUGUAAGAUAAAGUUUUGUGGAAUUGUUUUAAAAUAAAGGCAAGAUGCGGCGAAGUACUACUAAACGUUCUAUGGUGACUGAUUACGAUGAUAGAAGUCUGGGGCCAGUGCUUAAAAAAUCCAAUGCUAGUCCUGAUUUAUCAAUGGUCAAACAGUACACAUCAAUUAGCCCUCAGCAGACUACUGUUAGUUAUCAUUUGGUGGAUCAUGGCUACGGUGCUACUCCUCAACAUCAAAUUAUGCGGGACAUACCAGUUGCUCCACCUAAGACCACAGAGGCUGUCAAACGUCGACUUAACUUGAACAUGACAAGUUCAGUCCCAGUUCCUCCUCCUCGACCAAAAUUUAGGACUCCCAAACAAAGGAAUCCCAGAGGUGGCGGCCAAGGAUCUCGUGGUGGUGCUAGCAAUGCUGGUAAAAAAGUGGAACGUACACGUUAUGACACAUCACUCGGGUUACUCACAAAGAAGUUUGUGCAGUUACUUGAAAACUCUCCCGAUGGAGUUGUUGACUUAAAUGUUGCUAGUAUACAAUUAGAUGUUCAAAAGCGCAGAAUCUAUGAUAUAACAAAUGUACUGGAGGGUAUAGGAAUAUUAGAAAAGAAAUCCAAGAAUAAUAUUCAAUGGAAAUGUGGCGGUGCAGUGGAAAGUUCAGACCUUAAAACUCUUCAAAAAGAUAUUGAAAUGUUAGAGUCAAAAGAAAAUAUGCUUGACUCUCUACUGCAAAAUGCUGAAUGCGAGUUAAGACAGCUUUCAGAAAACAAAAGUUAUGCUUACAUCACUUAUGCAGAUCUUAAAAGCAUACCAGACUUUGCAGAUCAGACUGUCAUAGGAAUUAAGGCUCCACCAGAAGCACAAUUAAAGGUACCAAAUCCUAAUGCUGAUGGAUAUGAAAUAUACAUGAAGACUGAUACUGGUGAAAUAGAAGUAUUUGUGUGUCCUGAGAAUGGAAACACUGCACAAGUACCUUUUGAACCAUCAGACCCGCUAUUACAAGAUAUAAAGCCAUUACUGACCCCGGUGUAUGAAGACUUUAAACAUAGAACUAGUCCACGGUACAAAUCUAGACCUUUAAGUCGACACUUAGGUUCUGCUCAGAGAAACUUAAAUACAACACUGAGCUUAACUGAUAAUAAGAACAGUCAAUCACCUCUUAUUAAAGAAGAACCGAUUGAUUACUUACAACAAACUGUUACGUAUCCUGUGAUUUCUAAAGCUUUUAAUGUUCCUAAAGACGAACCUAUCGACAAUAACACAUUAGGAUCAAAAUAUGAUCUUAUGUCUGAUGUGAGUAACUUCAAUCCUAUGGAUUCGAUGCAGAACCAACAUGAUGCAGACCCCUUAGUUUGCUCGUUCGAGCCCUUUCUGUCGUUGGAACCUCCUCUUGGGGAUACUGACUACUCGUUCAGCCUUGGCACGGAAGAAGGUCUAUCAGAUCUUUUUGACUUCGAUUUUUAAUGAAGCUGACUUCAAUUCUCCUGUUAAGUUCCUCACAUUCAAGAUCAACUCUUUCUUGAUUCAAUGUUUCAAUGUUUCUACAUUGAGUUGAUCAAUUUAAUGGGGAUUAAUGUCUCACUUAUAUUUAGUGUAUAAAUAUGUUACAUGAAUAUUGAAAUAUGUACAUACUAUGCUGAAUAAUUACAAAUUAAGUUAAGUGUGAUAAAACUUAAAAAAGAGAGAAAUGAUGGAAUGAAACUCUACCUUAGGUGCCUGAUUUCUUAUUUAUACAUGAAACUUGAAAUUAAAUAACCAAAAUUUGAACAGUAUAAAUAUCAUUGUUUUCCAAAACUUGUUUAUGUUAAUCUUAUAAAUAUCAUUUGU